CAAGAUCAUUUACCCGCUCUUCCCUUCCCUUCAACCCCCCCCCCCUCGGUACUCUCUAGUGAUGCUCCGAGACGACAUGGAGCGGCCGACUGAUGGUAGUCUACCGUCGGAGAAAUCCGACGGGGUGACCACCGCUAUAGCUGCGACCAGCCCGGUCGACGAUGAAGCCCGUCCUGAGGUCUUCUCAUCCACUGUCCAGGAAAUCAUGUUUGUUGCCGUGGCGACCAUGGCGAUCGCCAUGUCCUCGCUCGUGAGCGGAGCCGUCACCGUGAUAACCGCUGAAGUCCAGAAUGAUCUGAACAUGACCACGGCGGAAUUGACUUGGCUCAGCGGUUCCUCAUCACUGGCCGCCGGAUCCUUCCUGCUAUUCUUCGGCCGCCUGGCGGAUCUCUUCGGUCGCAAGUCCCUCUUUCUCGGGAGUAUGGUCCUAUUCGCCGUCUUUUCCCUGGCGGCUGGGUUCAGCAAGACACCGCUGCAGCUGGACAUCCUCAACGGGGUGAUGGGCCUGAUGUCGGCGGCCUCGGUGCCGCCGGGCCAAGGGAUGCUGGCCAACAUCUACCAACGGCCGUCCAAGCGGAAGAACCGCGUGUUCGCGUGCUUCAGCGCGGGCAACCCGAUGGGCUUUGUGUUUGGGAGCGUAUUCUCCGGGAUCGCGACGCAGCUCUUCAACUGGCGCGCCAGCUAUUUCCUGCUGGCCAUCAUCUACGUGGUGGUGGUGGUCGUGGCCGUCUUCAGCGUGCCGGUCGACCACUCGCCCAAGACGGAGAUCUCCGUGCAGGCGAUCAAGAGAUUCGACAUCGUGGGCACGCUGCUUACGAUCGCGGGGAUCGGGAUGUUCUCCGGUGCCCUGAGUCUGGGCUCCGACGCCCCGCAAGGCUGGAAGACCCCCUACGUCCUCGUGCUCCUCGUCCUGGGCGCCCUGUUCAUGAUCGCCUUCGUCUUCUGGGAGAACUGGUACGCCUACCCGCUGGUGCCGAUGAGCAUCUGGCGCGACCGCGACUUCUCGCUGGUGAUCGCCAUCCUGCUGCUGGGCUUCCUGGCGUUCCCCAUCAUGUCCUUCUGGGUCUCGCUGUUCAUGCAGCGCAUCAAGGGCUACUCGCCGCUCAUGGUCGCCGUGCACAUGCUGCCCAUGGCCAUCGGCGGGAUCAUCGUCAACGUCAUCGCCGGCCUCAUCAUGCACCUCGUCUCCAACAGCCUGCUGAUGGCCGUCGGCGCCACCGCCUACGUCGGCUCGUUCUUGCUCAUGGGCCUCCAGCACUCGGACAGCAGCUACUGGGCGUUCAUUUUCCCGGGUCUGGUGCUGGCGGUCGUGGGCGCGGAUUUCGAGUUCUGCGUUGCCAACAUGUACGUCAUGAGCUCGCUGCCCCCCGCGCAGCAGAGUAUCGCGGGCGGGAUCUUUCAGACUGUCACCAAGCUGUGUGUGACGAUCGGGAUGGGGAUUAGUACGGCCAUUUAUGAUGCGGUUGUCGCGAGGGGCACGGCCACCGGGGGUUACUUCAGGGGCGAUCCGAUUGAGCCCUAUAGUGCGACGUUUUUGUACUGUGCGGGGAUCGCGUCGUUGGGAAUCCCGUUGUGUGCGUUUUUGAGGAUUGGGAGCCAGGGAAAUACUGGUGGCAAGGAGGGGUCGGAGGUUGAUUCGGAGGCGUUGAGUGGGAGUAGGGGUAGUGUGCUGGAAGAGAAAGGUCGUGGGGAGGGUUGA